AGUUCUUUGAAAACAAUAAAUUCCGGCGUGAGCAAAGUCAGAGUUCAUUUAAAUUUGAUUAAGAGUGUAUUCUGAAAAAAGGCUGAAUAUUCUCCCUGGCAGUUGCUACUGAAUUUUGUUUAUCAUGGGGCGAAGGACUAUGUCGCUAUCUCUCGUCUUUCAAAUUACAAUUGCUUUGCAGUCGAUCAAAGGAGCUGCCCCUAUGUUGGAUUCACGUUCAUCGUAUUUUGCGAUGCAAGAAAAUGAGAAGCUGAAAGGUCAUGUUCUCAAGCGGCUUAUUUCUUCGAGUUUGUUAUCUUGUGGCCACGAAUGUAUGAAAAAUGCUCUUUGCUCUUCAGUAAAUUUUAAGUCUUUGUCCACGAUCGAAAAAGAAGGGACAGCAGGUGUCUGCGAACUUAAUGGCAAGCAUGGCGUCUUCACUGGAAACAAAGAUCUCGACUUUGACGAUCAUAAAGGAUUUACUUUCUCGAUGUUGUUCAAGGAAUGCCCAGACGACCAACAAGACUGGGUGAAACAUGGACACUCAUGUUACCUUCUUCUCGAAAUUUCAUUCUCGAACUGGAGCGAUGCUCGCAUAAGCUGUCAAACUCACGCAGCUGACCUUCCAGUUGUGCGGUCAGCCGAAGAGAACACGUUCAUACUUGAUAUGAUCUUGAAUAAGCCCAACGUGUCAAAGGCGGGUGUUUGGCUUGGACUUUACAGAGAAGAUGAUGAUUUCCACUGGGUUGAUGGUGCUCCACUGGCUGGUCAAUACUCCGCAUGGGCAAAAGGAGAACCAAACAAUUCCGGGAAUAAGGAGAAAUGCGUUCACAUGUUUAAAAAUAAGAACGGAAUAAGAGGAAAAUGGAAUGAUCGAAUGUGCCAAGGUGAACGCAAUUUGAAGCUUGCAGUUCUUUGCCAAAAAUAUCUCUUGUGAUUAUUCAUAUCGGUAAAUACUUCUGUGGCACUAAUUAAUAAUUAGAUUAUGAGUUUCGGCCGUUUCUAUUCCUUGGUAGUUGUUGAUAGGGGGCUGCACUUAGUGCGACACUUUUUUAUUCUUACAUCAUUUUGACGUUAUCUGUUAUCGUUCAGACGUACGAGAACACAGAAGCUAUUUGCUAAUUAGAAAGCGAAAAUCUCAGCCAAUCAAAUUGCAGCAUUUGAGAUAGAACGCUAGUAGACUUAUUAUCAUAUUUUUUGGUAGGAAUGUCCGAUAAUGUGGGCGAGGAGAGCUGGGGAAGAGGAGAGGGAGAAUCCUGCAGCAGCAUCCUUCUAAGAAAUUUCCCAGUUGCUCUUUAAUGCUCAAUUACAGCUUUGAACCAAUACAUGCGAUGCGGGAGUACAAUGAGUAAAUAGCUUUAUUACUUUACCACUACAAGAAUACCUUUAGGAAUUGUUUGUAUAUCUCACAUAUCUGCUUUUACGGGGCGUGUUUUCCUGUAUUCCUAACUCACAAAGAGGGGUGAAAUUUGCCCAUGCGAAAUAAAGUGUGUAACUAUUGACGGAGGGAGAAGAAAAGGCAAUCUAGUGAAAGCGAUUCCCCAGAAAGAUCA